UUUCUCCGGGGAGGGGAUGGGGAGGUGGUGGGCGGGAGCCGCAGGGGGCCCUCCCUCUGCUGGCCAGCCGCACACCUCGAGCUGGGGACAGGGAACCAGGCGCCGCCCCGUCGCCUCCCCCCUCCUCCACCACGGCGGGAGAGGGGCGAGCUGGGGGGGGGGGGAGGGUCCCGAGGAGGCGUGACCUGCAGGUGGCAGGCAGCCAGGCAGGGACCCCGGGCCUCGCCCCGGGGCGGAUGCAGGCCCCCCCCCCCCCCGUGAGGAGGCGUGGGUCCUGGCAGAGGACCUCGCAGAGGCAGAGGAAGGAUGGCAGAGAUGGCGUGGACCCCUGGGCCCCCUCCACGGCCGGGGAAGCCGGGCCCCUCGGGGGCGGCGCAGAGGAAGGCUGUCCCCUCCUGGCUCCGGCAGCUGUGGGAGCGGCGCCGCUCCGGGCCCCUCGCGCUGACCCGAGCCCCGAGCCCUGACUGUCGCUCGGCAACCACUCCUCCCCGGCUUGUGCCGCCUGCACCCCUUCCUGUCCCCUCAGCAGCCAGGCAGACAUAACAACAAAAAUACUAAAAGGAGCUUCACUGCACUGAGCUGUUUCCUGCCCAGACGAGGGGAGUGAUGUGAACUCUGCGGGGGUGUGGUUGUCGUGUCUGUGCUUGUGUCUGUGUGUGUGCACGUGUGUGUGUGUGUGUGUGUGUGUGCGCGCGUGCGCGCGCGUGUGAAAGAGAGACAGAGAGAGGGCCCCGGGGCAGGCGGGCGGGUGGGAGGCGGCAGGACGGCGAAGGAAGGGCUUCGGGGGCAGGGGAGCCCUGGUCGGGCUGCGUCCCUCGCCUGGGCUGCCGCCGCAUCCCCGCACGUCCCAGGCCACCCUCGGUGCCCGCCCGUCGCGGAGAGAACAGUCCCAGAAUGUGUUUUGCUCGGCUGUCCAUCUCGUCUCUCCCUCAGACACGGAGCAUCCAAACCCUGCCUCGAUUUCCCUUCUCAGAGCCAUGGAGUCAGUGCCACAGCCUUUGCUAUGCACGCCUCAGGCCUGUCCCCGGCACUGACCCUGGAAUGGCCACGGUCACUUCUCUCCCCGCCCCGUGCGUAGUCGCUACCCUGCUCAGCGGGCGCUGGGGCUGAAGCCCCUCUCCUUCCCAUCUCCACCCCUGCCUUUGAUUUUCUGUCUUCCUCUGUUGCCGUGGAGAUGAGGUAGCGCACCCUCCCUGUCCUGCUGGGGGCGCCCUGCCUCAGAGCCAGAGCCCCUUGGCCCCGCUCCCCGCUCCAGCACGUCCUCCCUGAGGCCUGCCCACACCCCCCUCAGUUCAGGUAAUGCCCUCGCGAAUCUUCCAGCCGCUGGUCAGGGCCCUCGGGCACCACAGGCACCCCCGCCUGAGCCGGGGCGCCCCCGACCUCACAGCAGCAAGGCGGCCCAGGGCCCCAGGCCCGUGGGCUCCCUGUCUCCCAGCACCCGCUUUUGGGAAAAUGACCUUUCCUCUUUGAGCUGAACCACCCUGUCCAUAUUACACAGAAGCCAUAUUUGUACGGGGGGGCGGGGGGAGGGGGCGUCGUGCUGUGUGUGUCUGUCUGUGGGGUGGGGGGACGGGAGCAGGGAGGGGAUCGUGUAUCUUUAUAAUCUUUCUAACUCUCCUGUGCUGAUCUCAGAGGGGCCACCCUCAAUAUAUCUGGAUUAUCCGUGUCGUCCGGCUGCCUCCUUCUUCCUGCCCUUGCCCCCGUGGGGAUGUGUGCGUGUAAGGGCUUCUGCCGGUGUCCCCUGCACCUGCCGGGCCGCUCGCCCGAGGGCAUCUGUGAUGGAAACAACAGAACUCUCCAAGGGAGAGAAGGGUGUUCGCCCCCCUUGGGCUGGGUCCGUGCCUUCCAGAGUGUGCGGGGUGGGGCCCUGGACUGCUCCCCGCUGCCCUCUGCCCGGCGGUGCUGGAGGAGAUGGAAUCAGAGGCACCGUCAACCCCACUGCAGGAGAGACCCCCUCCCCCCAGCCCCCGCCAGAGCCACUGUCCAACCCGCUCACGUUGAACCUGAACUGAGCUGGCACCCUGGGGGGAAUGGGGACCAUCUGUGUGAGGGACCCCCCCCGUGUGUCUUUGCUUCCCCCCUCUGGCCGCACGCACCCCAAUAUAGAUGAGAAAGAGCCACCUGGUGACACUGAGUGAAAACAUCCCAUGCUUUCUUGGAAUGAAAUAGUGUCACCUAACGGGCCCCUAUCUCAUCCUUCUGACUCCGAUGCUCCGUGACUCCCCCCUCCCAACGUCUGGGCCCUCUCCCCACCCAAGAGAGAGUAAAAUGCAGGGGUGGGGAACGAAACAGCAGAGACCGUGAGAAGCGGCGGAGGGGAAGGGGCAGCGGAAGAACAGAGGCCUUGGCUCAGGGGGACGCGUCCGUAGAGCGGAUGCUUUCCCUCUACCAGCCCGAGAGCCAUUGAAGCCCCCAGCCCUGCGAGAAACUUCACAUUUGGUAGGACGCCAGCCCAGCGUAGCAGCGCCAGAGGCGUGACGGCCCCCGACAGAAGUAUGAACAGAGAUGACCCCAUAGGCAGCAUUUUUAAAAUCUUGUCCCGUCCUCCCCCAGGGGCUGCUCUGACUCAUCACGCUGUGUGUGGUGCUUGCAUGGAGAAUGCAUUCACCGCGCCCACAGGUGGCCAGACAGACACCCAGCCGCUCCCCGAAGCAGCUUCAUCGUGCAGCCUGGGCAACUGCCCCCCAGCCCUUCCCCUACUCACACCGGACCGGCCAGACGCCUGCCUGACACCCAGCACUCAGAUCCGUGCGCGGGGCGCACGGCACGCAGCCAACCACACAGACAGGUGCACGGGCCCCUCAGGCUGCGAGCGCCCCCAGGAUCCAACCCCAGGCCCCACUGGCCCGCCCCCCCCCCCCCACACACACAAACAUGUCGCCCUGGAUCCAGUUCAAGGGGAUGUAGCAGCAGCGAGAGUCACCGACUGUCCUUUCCCUUCACUUGCCCAGCACGUCUCUUAUCUCUGUCUUGCGCGUAACCCCUGGCCCUCUCUUCCUUCCUUGUGCCUGAAGGAUCCGUCCUGGCUGGAAAGCCCCCUGGCUUCUCAGCCUCCCUUGCCACCUGUGGGAAAAUACCCACUAUCUGGUCGCCACCUUUUUCCUUUCCCGAGUGCAGGACCCACUGGCGGAAUCCAACCUCAAAACAGGAAGCCCUGGGCUGGUGCCCCCCGCGGGCCUGAGGCCGAGACAGGCAAUGGGCGUGGGGCAAAGGCUUCCUGACUUUCCCGCGCCCCCCCCCCCCCCCGCCGCCUGGCCCAUGGCCCUGCCCAGAACUGAUGGCCUUCAUUAGUCCCUGGCACUUAUCUUGGAGCCACAGUCACCGACAGGACGUCCCCGGCCCUUGCCUCUGCCUGCUCUGAGCUCAGCGGCACCAUGGGGAACUGUCUGCAGCACCGGGUGGCGGAUGAGGACGCUACAAAGUUCACCUUGGGAGAAGAUAUUUGGGAUGAGUUUAAUGACUCCUACGACAUGAACUACAACUACAGCAUUGUGGAAGCCGCCGCCCCCUGCCGCUCCUGCCCCCUGCUCGACGACUCCUCUCUGCCCUUCUUCGUCCUCGCCAGCGUCCUGGGCAUCCUUGCGGGGGGAGCCGUGCUCUUUGCGCUUCUCAGGCCUCUCUUCCACUGGCGGGUCUGCCCUGAGCGGCCGGUCCUCGUACAGCUGGCCGCGGGCAGCACCCUCUUCAGUGUCGUGGUGCCCAUCCUGGCCCCGGGGCUCAACGGGGUGCAGAGCACAGCCCUGUGCCGCCUGGCACACCUGCUCUGGUACGGCUCAGCCUUUGCCCAGGCUCUGCUGAUUGGGUGCCACGCCUGCCUGGGCCCCAAACUGGAUGUGGGCCACGUCGCGGGCAUCACCCUGUGGCUCACUGUGGGACUCUGGGGAGCGGCUCUUCUCCUGGGGCUGCCCGUCACGCUGGCCAGUGGCACCUCCCGUGGACUCUGCUCCCUGAGCUUCAACGACAGCCCCAGGUUUCUGCCGCUUUUGCACGUGGUGGCCAGCUUUACCGCCUUCACCUUGUUGCCACUGGGCUUGAUAGGUACCAAGGCGCUGACGAAAGCGUGGGGCAGGCGGCCAGGUCCCUGCGUUAGUGUCCUGUGGGUCUGGUUUGUUUUCUGGUGGCCUCACGGGGUGGCUCUGGGCUUGGACUUUCUUGUGAGGUCCAAGUCCUUGGUACUGUCGACGUGUCCGGCCCAGCAGGCUCUGGACCUGCUCCUGCACCUGGCAGAGGCCCUGGCGAUACUCCACGGUGUGGCCACGCCCCUGCUCCUGGCCCUGUUCUACCACCAGACCACCCGCACGCCCCUGCCCUCCCUGCCUCUCUCGCUAAGACGGCCUUCUCAUCUGGACCCCCCGGGAGGCAAGUCCCAGCUCCCUUCGCACCUGUCAACCUGAAUUAAAGUCCACGCUACUUUUACC